UAUAUAUAUAUAUAUAUAUAUAUAUAUCAUCUCACUUUAUAACGUCUUUAUCUGAUCGUCAACGUGAUUCAAACUCUUAAUAACGUUCUCAUUCGACCGGCAACAUAAUUCAAACUCCUAAAGUUAUUAUUACCUGACCUAUCACGUGACUCGAACCCUUAACUUAUCUGUUGUAAAUAUACUUUAUAUUUAAAUUUCAACCCCAUUUAAUUUUUUUUGCCUUUUUAAAUUUCCUCUAUUUAUGACAACUUUUCAACCAUAUGUUAAAAUUCUCUUUGAAGUUUUUCUCUCACUUUCACUCUUUUUAUAAAAAGCCAUUUCACUUACUCCUACUUAGUUAUUCUCUCCUCCCAAAAUUUUCAAAAUUUCCAAAAUACCUCCCAAAUGGGCAAAGCAAUUAAGUGGUUAAAAGGCUUAUUUGGUAUUAAAAAAGAAAACGUAAAUAAGUGCAAAAUUGGAAUUACAUGUUUCGGCAAUUUCGCCCGAGACACUGUUGUCUCCGUCGCCAUAGACGGAGGUUCCGGAGGCUUAUGUCACAAUCCAGCGACAAUUCCGCCGAACAUUACGGCAGCGGAGACGGCAUGGCUGAGCUCAUUUGAUAAGGAGCAGAGUAAACAUGCACUUGUGGUGGCUGCCGCCAUUGCUGCGGCAGCAAACGCCGUUGCUGCUGCACAUGCGGCGGACGCCGUGGUGAGGUUGGCCAGUCAAAAUAAAGGAAAUGGUGCUGCUAUGAAAAUUCAAACGGUGUUUCGUGGUUUUUUGGCAAGAAAGGCAUUAAGAGCAUUAAAAGGAUUAGUAAAAUUACAAGCAUUGGUUAGGGGUUGUUUGGCAAGAAAGGCAUUAAGAGAAUUAAAAGGAUUAGUAAAAUUACAAGGAUUGGUUAGGGGUUAUUUGGCAAAAAAGGCAUUAAGAGCAUUAAAAGGAUUAGUAAAAUUACAAGCAAGUGCUACACUUCAUGGUAAGCAAGCAUUAAUGAGAGCACAAGCAAGUGUAUGUGGUAAAAAAUGCUUCAUUAAAAAUCAAAAUUCACAACUUCAUCAUGCAAGAAAAUCACUUGUAAGAUCCUUAAUCCUAUACUCUAUGAUCUUAUUAUAUGUGUAUAUAUAUAUUUUAAUUUAUUUGGAAGGAGAGUCUUGGG